GGGACCGACCAACAGUAGCGCUCGCGGACGGAGGCGCAGCCUGUGGUGAGUGUGCCACGCGCGCCCACCUCCGGAGGAAGGAACGGCGAGGCCGGGGGCGGCCGUCGCCGGGAUGGAGCUCAGGACGGCUGCGGCUGCGUGUGUGCUGUUCCUGGCUCUCUCCGCCUGGUCGGUGCCGGUCAGUGGCCAAGAUUGUAGCAGUGGACAUUUUCGCUGUGGAAGCGGAAAUUGCAUCCCUCAAGCCUGGAGAUGUGAUGGGACCAAUGACUGCGAGGAUGACUCGGAUGAAGCUGGCUGCCCUCACGCCUCAUGCCACCCAGGCUUUUUCCAGUGUCAGAGUGAUGGACUCUGUGUCCCACAGUCCUGGGUAUGUGAUGGUGAUGAGGACUGCCAGGACAACUCAGAUGAACAGCACUGCUCUGGGAGCACAUGCUCAAGUCACCAGCUGACAUGCUCCAGUGGUCAGUGUAUCCCCCGUGAGUACAGGUGCGACCACAUCAGUGACUGCUCGGAUGGAACUGACGAGAAAGACUGCCAAUACCCAAUCUGUGACCAGCUAACCUGUGCCAGUGGAGCCUGCUACAAUACAAGUCAGAAGUGUGAUGGGAAAAUUGAUUGCAGGGACUCUUCUGACGAAUUCAACUGCACCAGCGUGUGUGCACACAAUGAGUUUCAAUGUGGUGAUGGAAAUUGCAUUCCUCGCUCCUAUGUCUGUGACCAUGACUUUGAUUGUGAUGACAACAGUGAUGAACGUUCUUGCAUUUAUCAGACCUGCGGUGGCAACCAAUUCACAUGCUCUAACGGCAGGUGCAUUCAUCAACAUUGGGUUUGCGAUGGACAGGCAGAUUGCGAUGAUCAAGGAGAUGAAGAAGGAUGUGAUGGCAGUCAUCCUAAAUGUUACCCAAGACAGUGGGCUUGCCCCCGAUCUGGAAAAUGCAUCCCGAUUAGUAAAGUUUGUGAUGGAAUUUUAGAUUGCCCAGGAGGAGAAGAUGAAAACAGUACCACUGCUGGAAGAUCUUGUAGUAUGACCAUGUGUCCUACCUUGAACUGUGAGUUCCAGUGCCACCAGACACCUUACGGAGGCAGCUGUUUUUGUCCCCCAGCUACUAUCAUCAACCACAAUGACAACCGUACCUGUGUUGGUUUUAACGAUUGCCAGAUAUGGGGCAUUUGUGAUCAGAAGUGUGAAUAUCAGCUUGGACAUCACCGUUGCCAAUGUGAAGAUGGAUAUAUCUUGGAGCGUGAGCAGCACUGCAAGGCUAAUGCUUCCUUUGUUGAGGCCUCCGUCAUCUUCUCCAAUGGUCGGGAUUUGCUGAUCGGUGACAUUCACGGAAGGAGCUUCCAGAUUCUAGUCCAGUCUCAGCACCGUGGCAUGGCCGUGGGUGUGGAUUUCCACUAUCACCUACACAGAGUCUUUUGGACAGACACCGUGCAAGAUAAGGUUUUUUCAGUUGACAUUACUGGGUUAAAUGUCCAAGAAGUUCUGGAUGUUUCUGUUGAGGCUGCAGAGAAUCUGGCUGUGGACUGGAUUAAUGAUAAACUUUAUUUGGUGGAGACCAAGGUCAGCCGCAUAGAUGUGGUAAAUUUGGACGGAAGUCAAAGGCUUACUCUCAUAACUGAGGACUUGGGGCGUCCUAGAGGAAUUGCUGUGGACCCAGUUGUUGGCUACUUAUUCUUCUCUGAUUGGGCAAGCCUUUCUGGGGAACCAAAGUUGGAAAGGGCUUUCAUGGAUGGGAGUAAUCGUAAAGACUUGGUGAAGACCAAGCUGGGGUGGCCUGCUGGGAUCACACUGGAUUUGGUCUCCAAGCGUGUUUACUGGGUGGACUGCCGCUUUGAUUACAUCGAGACUGUCACUUACGAUGGCAUUCAGAGGAAGACAGUCAUUCGUGGAGGCUCGCGCGUCCCUCAUCCCUUCGGAAUAAGCCUGUUUGAAGGUCAUGUGUUCUUCACUGAUUGGACAAAAAUGGCUGUGAUGAAGGCAAACAAGUUCACGGAGACUAAUCCACAAGUGUUCUACCAGUCUUCGCUGAGGACCCAUGGAGUGACUGUCUACCAUGCACUCAGGCAACCUAAUGCUACCAACCCCUGUAGAGGUAACAAUGGGGGCUGUGAGCAGGUGUGUCUCCUCAGCCACAGAACAGACAACGGUGGCUUGGGUUACCGCUGCAAGUGUUUGUUUGGCUUCCAGCUGGAUACAGAUGAGCGCCAUUGUGUUGCUGUUAAGAGCUUCCUGAUCUUUUCUUUGGGAUCGGCUGUUCGUGGGAUUCCGUUCUUUCGGUCUGCGCAGGAAGAUGUCAUGGUUCCCCUGACAAACAGUCUCUCUUUUUUCGUUGGGAUUGAUUUUGAUGCCCAGGAACGUGCUAUCUUUUAUUCAGACACAUCAAGAAACAUGAUUUAUAAACAAAAGAUUGAUGGCACAGGAAGAGAGAUUAUUACAGCUAACAGGGUAGAAAAUGUCGAAAGUCUGGCUUUUGACUGGAUUUCAAGGAAUCUUUAUUGGAUAGAUCCUUCUUACAGGAGUGUCAGUGUAAUGAAGCUAGCUGAUAAAUCAAGACGUACCAUAGUAGAACAUUUAAAUAACCCACGGGCAAUUGUAGUCCACCCUGUUGCUGGAUACAUAUUCUUUAGUGAUUGGUUCCGUCCUGCUAAAAUUCUGAGAGCCUGGGGUGAUGGAUCUCACCUUGUGCCUAUAGUAAACACUACCAUUGGAUGGCCCAACGGAUUGGCCAUUGACUGGGGUACUUCACGACUGUACUGGGUAGAUGCCUUUUUUGAUACAAUUGAGCACAGCACCUUUGAUGGUUUAGACAGAAGAAAGCUGAGCCAUAUACCACAGAUGACGCAUCCAUUUGGAAUUACUGUCUUCCAAAAUUAUGUAUUUGUUACUGACUGGGCACUCAAAGGUAUUAUUCAAGUCAGGAAAACAGAUGGUAGAGAUAUGACAAUUGUUCGAAGUGGCAUCAAUAAUAUAAUGCAUGUGAAAUCAUAUGAUGUCAGCAUCCAGAUAGGCUCUAACUUCUGCAAUCAAUCCACGCACCCUAAUGGCGACUGCAGCCAUUUCUGCUUCCCGGUGCCCAAUUUCCAGCGGGUGUGUGGCUGCCCUUACGGGAUGAGGCUGGCUUCCAAUCACUUGACCUGUGAGGGAGACCCAGUCAACGAACCACCCACACAGCAGUGUGGCGCUUUCUCCUUCUCCUGUGACAAUGGCAAAUGUAUUCCCAGCUACUACCGCUGUGAUGGGUUUAAUGACUGUCAUGAUAACAGUGAUGAGCAUCUAUGUGGAACAUCUAAUAUUACCUGCUCCCCCUCGGCAUUCACCUGUGGCGAUGGAGAGUGUAUCCCUGCACACUGGCGCUGUGAUAGGCGUAAUGACUGUUUAGAUGGCAGUGAUGAGCAUAACUGUUCCACCCAAACUCCCACCUCCUGCCCAGCGUACUCCUACACCUGUGAUAACAACGCGUGUAUUCCCAGGAACUGGGUCUGUGAUACAGACAACGACUGUGGGGAUGGAUCUGAUGAAAAGAACUGCCAAUCGACAGGCACAUGCCGACCUACUCAGUUUCAUUGUCCUGACCAUCGGUGUCUUGACCCAUCUUUUGUCUGUGAUGGGGACAAGGACUGUGUUGAUGGGUCUGAUGAGGCUGGUUGUGUGUUUAACUGCACAAGUUCUCAAUUCAAGUGUGCUGAUGGGAAUGGCUGCAUUAGCAACAUAAAUCGUUGUGAUGGUGUUUUUCAUUGCAAUGACCACUCAGAUGAGGCUGGCUGUCCAACCAGGCCUGCUGGCAUGUGUCAUUCAGAUGAAUUUCAAUGCCAGGCAGAUGGUUACUGCAUCCCAGAUGUGUGGGAGUGUGAUGGCCAUUCUGAUUGUGCUGAUGGAUCUGAUGAACACCAUGGCUGUGUGCCCAAGACUUGUACUGUAUCUGAAUUCCGCUGUCACAAUGGAAACUGUAUCCCCCAAAGCUGGCUGUGUGAUGGGGACAAUGAUUGCAGGGACAUGAGUGAUGAGAAGGACUGUCCUACUCAACCAUUUCACUGUCUCAGUUGGCAGUGGCAGUGUCCUGGCUAUAACAUCUGUGUGAAUCUGAGCGCACUAUGUGAUAACGUCUUUGAUUGCCCCAAUGGGACAGAUGAGUCCCCACUUUGCAGCCAGGCAAGCUGCUCAGAUUUCAACGGUGGCUGUACUCACCAGUGCAUUCAAGGGCCCUUUGGAGCUACUUGCCUAUGUCCGGUGGGAUAUCAACUUGCUAAUGAUUCUAAGACCUGCGAAGACAUCAAUGAAUGUGAUAUUCCGGGAUUCUGUAGCCAGCACUGUUUCAAUAUGAGAGGUUCUUUCCGGUGUUCAUGUGAUAAAGAAUAUGUAUUAGAAAGUGAUGGGAGGACGUGCAAAGCUAUAGCAUCUGAAAAUCUGCUAUUACUUGUGGCAAGUCAGAGUCAAAUUGUUGCUGACAACAUCACCUCCGGCAUCCACAACAUUUAUUCAUUAGUCCAUGAUGGUUCUAACAUUGUAGCUGUCGAUUUUGAUUCAGUCAGUGGUCGGAUCUUUUGGUCCGAUGCAAAUCAGGGUAAAACUUGGAGUGCAUUUCAAAAUGGAACAGACAGAAGAGUGGUAAUUGACAGUGGUGUUGCCAUGACUCAGUCGGUUGCAGUAGAUUGGAUAGGAUGUAAUCUCUACUGGACAGACUAUGCUCUUGAAACAAUUGAGGUCUCAAGAAUUGAUGGGAGCCACAGGACUGUGCUGAUUAGUAAAAAUGUAUCCAAUCCCAGAGGACUAGCAUUAGAUCCCAGAAUGAGUGACCACCUGAUGUUCUGGUCUGACUGGGGCCAUCACCCGCGUAUUGAGCGAGCCAGCAUGGAUGGUAGUAUGCGCACCAUCAUUGUCCAGAACAAGAUUGCCUUGCCCUGUGGCUUGACCAUUGACUACCCCAACAGAUUGCUCUACUUCAUGGAUUCCUACCUCGACUACAUAGAUGUCUGUGAUUAUUAUGGACACCAUCGGAGGCAGGUGGUAGCCAGUGAUUUGGUUCUACGAUAUCCCUAUGCCCUCUCCCUCUUUGAAGAUACUAUGUACUGGACUGAUACCACUACUCAUCAGGUGAUGAAAGCCAACAAGUGGCAUGGGGCAAACCAGUCAGUUGUGAUGUUCAAUGUGCACCAACCCCUUGGCAUUGUUGUGGUUCAUCCUUCGAAGCAACCAGAAUCCGUGAAUCCGUGUGCCUCUGCCCACUGCAGCCACCUAUGCCUGCUUUCCUCACAAGGACCCAACUUUUACUCCUGUGUUUGUCCUUCGGGGUGGAAUCUCUCUCAUGAUUCUGUGAAUUGCGUGAGAGAUGAUCAACCUUUCUUAAUAAGCGUAAGACAUCGCAUAAUUUUUGGAAUAUCCCUUAAUCCUGAGGUGAAGAGCAAUGAUGCCAUGGUUCCCAUAUCAGGAAUAGAAAAUGGUUUUGAUGUGGAAUUUGAUGAAUCAGAGCAAUUCAUCUAUUGGGCUGAGUAUCCAGGUGAGAUUCACAGAGUGAAGACAAAUGGCAGCAACAGGACUGUGGUUGCUCCGCUCUCUCUGCGGGGCACUUCCAUGAGCCUGGCCUUGGACUGGAUAUCAAGAAACAUGUACUACACCAAUCCUGGAAGUCAGUCCAUUGAGGUUUUGACACUCCGAGGAGAAGCCAGAUAUAGAAAAAUGCUGAUUACCAAUGAUGGGACAGCUCUUGGAGUUGGUUUUCCAAUUGGCAUCACAGUUGAUCCUGUUCGUGGGAAACUGUACUGGUCAGAUCAGGGCACGGACAGCGGGGUUCCUGCCAAGAUUGCGAGUGCAAACAUGGAUGGCACCUCUUUAAAAACUCUCUUCACUGGGAACCUGGAUCAUCUGGAGUUUGUCACCCUUGACAUCAAGGAGCAGAAGCUCUAUUGGGCCGUCACCAGCCGAGGAGUGAUUGAAAGAGGAAAUGUGGAUGGGACUGAGAGAAUGAUCCUGGUGCACCAUCUUUCUCACCCAUGGGGCAUUGCAGUGUACGAGUCCUUCCUUUAUUAUGCUGAUGAGCAGUAUGAAGUCAUUGAAAGAGUCGACAAGUCCUCUGGGGCCAACAAAGUAACUCUGAGGGAUAACGUCCCUAAUCUGAGAGGCCUUCGUGUUUAUCACAGACGCAAUCUCACUCAGUCCUCAAACGGGUGUAGCAACAAUGUGAAUGCCUGUGAACAGAUCUGCCUGCCUGUGCCAGGAGGACUGUUCUCCUGCGCCUGUGCCACUGGAUUUAAACUCAAUCCUGAUCAUCGGACUUGUUCUCCAUAUAACUCCUUCAUUGUUGUUUCAAUGCUGUCUGCGAUUAGAGGCUUUAGCUUGGAAUUAUCAGAUCAUUCUGAAGCUUUGGUGCCAGUGGCUGGCCAAGGUCGAAAUGCCCUGCAUGUGGAUGUUGACGUGGCCUCUGGUUUUAUUUAUUGGUGUGAUUUUAGCAGCAGUGUGAGAUCUUACAAUGCAAUCCACAGAAUCAAACCAGAUGGCUCUUCUUUUACUAGCCUCAUUACAAAUGGGAUAGGAGCAAAUGGAGUCCGUGGUAUUGCAGUGGAUUGGGUAGCAGGAAAUCUUUAUUUCACCAAUGCCUUUGUGUCUGAAACCCUCAUAGAAGUUCUGCGGAUCAAUACCACUUAUCGUCGUAUUCUCCUUAAAGUCACAGUGGAUAUGCCUAGGCAUAUAGUUGUAGAUCCUAAGAACAGAUACCUCUUCUGGGCUGACUAUGGACAGAAACCAAAGAUUGAACGUUCUCUCCUUGACUGCACCAAUCGAACUGUGCUUGUAUCAGAUGGUAUUGUCACACCACGGGGCUUAGCAGUGGACCGUAGCAAUGGCUAUAUUUAUUGGGUUGAUGAUUCUUUAGAUAUAAUUGCAAGGAUCCAUCCUAACGGAGGAGAAUCAGAAGUGGUUCGUUAUGGCAGUCGUUACCCAACACCCUACGGUAUCACUGUGUUUCAAGAUUCUAUCAUAUGGGUAGAUAGAAAUUUGAAAAAAAUUUUCCAGGCUAGCAAGGAACCAGCAAACACACAGUCUCCAACAGUGAUAAGAGACAAUAUCAACUGGCUAAGAGAUGUCACUAUCUUUGAUGAGCAUGUUCAGCCCCGUUCACCAUCAGAGGUCAACAACAACCCUUGCUUGGAAAAUAAUGGUGGGUGCUCCCAUCUGUGCUUUGCUUUGCCUGGACUGAGCACUGCAAAAUGUGGCUGUGCCUUUGGGACUCUACAAAGUGAUGGCAAGAGCUGUGCCAUUUCAACAGAAAACUUCCUCAUCUUUGCUAUGGGCAAUUCCCUGAGAAGUUUACAUUUGGACCCUGAAAAUCACAGUCCACCUUUCCAAGAAAUAGAUGUGCAAAGAACUGCCAUAGCUGUAGACUAUGACAACAUAAAUAAUAGAUUUUACUUCACACAACAAGUAACCUCUGGACGUGGCCAGAUUUCCUAUAUCAGCCUAUAUUCGGGGAGCCAGUCUCCAACUGUCAUUGCUUCAGAUAUAGGGACCCCGGAUGGUAUUGCCUUUGAUUGGAUCAAUAAGAGAAUUUACUACAGUGACUACUCCAACCAGACGAUUAAUUCCAUGGCUGAGGAUGGAUCUAAUCGUACUGUAAUAGCCCGUGUUCCAAAACCAAGAGCAAUUGUGCUAGAUCCUUGCCGAGGGUACAUGUAUUGGACUGACUGGAGUACGAAUGCCAAAAUCGAGAGGGCCACACUGGGAGGAAACUUCCGGAUACCCAUUGUGAACACUAGCCUGGUUUGGCCUAAUGGACUCACUCUGGACUAUGAGACAGACCUGCUCUACUGGGCGGAUGCUAGCCUGCAGAAGAUUGAACGCAGCUCUCUAACAGGCACGGAACGUGAAGUCAUCAUCAAUACAGCCUUUCAUGCUUUUGGCCUCACCAUCUAUGACCAGUAUAUUUACUGGACAGACUUCUACACACAAAGAAUUUAUCGGGCUAACAAAUAUGAUGGGUCGGAUCAAAUGGCAAUGACCACGAGUUUGCCUUCCAGGCCCAAGGGUAUCUCUACUGUUGUGAAGCACCAGCAGCGACAGUGUAACAACCCCUGUGACCAGUUCAAUGGGGGCUGCAGCCACAUCUGUGCACCAGGUCCAAAUGGUGCUGAAUGCCAGUGUCCACACGAGGGCCAGUGGUAUCUGGCCAACAACGGUAAGCACUGCAUUGUGGACAGUGGUACCCGUUGUGCAGAAUUCCAGUUCACCUGCCUAAAUGGGCGCUGCAUCCAAGAGCAGUGGAAAUGUGAUAAUGACAACGACUGUGGGGACAACAGUGACGAACUGCAGAACGUAUGUGCCUUUCACACCUGUCCGCCAACAGCGUUCACCUGUGCCAAUGGGCGCUGUGUGCAUUAUCAUUACCGCUGUGAUUACUACAACGACUGUGGUGACAACAGUGAUGAGGCAGGGUGUCUGUUCAGGAGAUGUAAUGACACCGCAGAAUUCACUUGCAGUAACGGAAGGUGCAUCCCUCAAAGCUUUGUCUGCGAUGGCAGAAACAACUGCCAUGACAAUGACACUUCGGAUGAGAAACAUUGCCCUGAUCGCACUUGUUCGCCUGGAUACACAAAAUGUCAGAAUACAAAUAUUUGCAUUCCUCGACUUUACCUGUGUGAUGGAGACAACGACUGUGGAGAUUUGAGUGAUGAAAAUCCUACUUAUUGCACAACUCACACAUGCGCAAGCAAUGAAUUCCAAUGCUCAUCUGGGCGCUGUAUUCCUCAACACUGGCAUUGUGAUCAAGAGGUAGAUUGUCCUGAUGGCUCUGAUGAACCUGCCUCUUGUGUUUUUUCAACACAGCAUCCACGAACAUGUUCAAGCAAUGAGUACAGAUGUGAUAGUGGGAGGUGCAUCCCAAAAGAGUGGAUCUGUGAUGGCGACAAUGACUGUGGGGACAUGAGUGAUGAGGAUCAAAGGCACCACUGUGAGACUCACAACUGCUCCAGUUCCGAGUUUUUGUGUGUCAAUAACAGGCCUCCAGCCCGGAGGUGCAUUUCUCGAGCUUGGAUCUGUGAUGGGGAUGCAGACUGUGUUGAUGCUGCUGAUGAACACCAGAACUGCACGAGGAGAUCUUGCUCUGCAAAUGAAUUCACCUGCUGGAAUGGACUGUGUAUCCCACAGUCAUUCAGGUGUGACCGUCGCAAUGACUGUGGUGACUACAGUGAUGAAAGGGACUGCACAUAUCCGACCUGCCAUGUGUCCGAAUUCACCUGUCAGAAUGGACGCUGUAUCAAUAAGGCCUUCGUCUGUGAUGGACAAAAUGAUUGUGGAGACCAAACUGAUGAAACAGAGCACUUGUGCCACAUCCCAGAAGCCACAUGCCCCCCACAUCAGUUCAAGUGUGACAACGGACACUGUAUUGAAAUGGUGAAAGUGUGCAAUCACCUCGAUGAUUGCACAGACAACAGUGAUGAGAGAGGUUGUGGUAUUAACGAGUGCCAGGACCAUUCAAUCAGUGGCUGUGAUCACAACUGCACAGAUACCCUAACCAGUUUCUACUGCUCCUGUCUUCCUGGUUACAAGCUGAUGUCUGACAAGCGGACUUGUGUUGACAUUGAUGAAUGCAAGGAGACACCCUAUGUUUGUAGCCAGAAGUGUGAGAAUGUCAUUGGUUCCUACAUCUGUAAGUGUGCCCCAGGCUACAUCCGAGAACCAGAUGGAAAGACUUGCCGGCAGAACAGUGACAUUGAGCCCUAUCUCAUUUUUAGCAACCGUUACUAUUUGAGAAAUUUAACCACAGAUGGCCACCUUUACUCCCUCAUUUUGCAAGGACUGGGCAAUGUUGUAGCACUGGAUUUUGACCGAGUAGAAAAGAGACUGUAUUGGGUUGAUAUCCACAGGCAAGUCAUUGAGCGAAUGUUUCUGAAUAAGACAAACCGAGAGGUAAUCGUAAAUCACAAACUACCAGCUGCAGAAAGUCUGGCUGUCGACUGGGUUGCCAGAAAGCUCUACUGGGUGGAUGCCCAGCUGGAUUGCCUGCUCGUCUCUGACCUUGAAGGCCGAUACCGCCUCACUCUGGCCCAGCACUGUAUGGAUGCCAACAACACCUUCUGCUUUGAUAACCCCAGAGGAAUUGUCCUUCACCCUCAAUAUGGGUAUGUCUACUGGGCCGACUGGGGUCACCGUGCAUACAUUGCAAGAAUGGGCAUGGAUGGAACCAAUAAGUCUGUGAUCAUCUCCACCAAGUUAGAGUGGCCCAAUGCUAUUACCAUUGACUACACCAAUGAUCACUUGUAUUGGGCAGAUGCUCACCUGGGUUAUAUUGAGUACUCUGAUUUGGAGGGCCGCCGUCGGCACACAGUGUAUGAUGGGACACUCCCUCACCCCUUUGCCAUCACCAUUUUUGAAGACACCAUUUAUUGGACGGAUUGGAACACAAGAACGGUUGAAAAGGGAAACAAAUACGAUGGAUCCGGUAGGGUGGUGUUGGUGAACACAACACACAGACCGUUUGACAUUCAUGUGUAUCACCCAUACAGGCAGCCCAUUGUGAACAAUCCAUGUGGCAUCAACAAUGGCGGCUGUUCUCAUCUCUGUCUCAUCAAAGAAGGAGGAAAUGGAUUCACCUGUGAGUGCCCAGAUGACUUCCAGACUGUCCGCAUGGGUGGCAGUACCCACUGCCUGCCCAUGUGCUCCAGCACCCAGUUCCUGUGUGCCAACAAUGAGAAGUGUAUUCCUAUCUGGUGGAAAUGCGAUGGACAGAGAGACUGCUCUGAUGGCUCCGAUGAGUCGUUCCUGUGCCCUCAGCGCUACUGCCGGCUUGGACGGUUCCAGUGCAAGGAUGGCAACUGCACUAGCCCACAUGCCCUAUGCAACGCCCACCAGGAUUGCCCUGAUGGGUCUGAUGAAGACCAUGCCCUUUGUGAUAAUCAUCGGUGUGAGUCUAAUGAGUGGCAGUGCGCCAACAAGCGUUGCAUUCCAGAAGCCUGGCAAUGUGACACAGUGGACGACUGUGGGGACAACUCGGAUGAAGACAGCUCCCACUGUGCCAGCAGGACCUGCCAUCCAGGCCAGUUUAAGUGUGACAAUGGGCGCUGCAUCCCUUCAUCCUGGAAGUGUGAUGUGGAUAACGACUGUGGAGACCAUUCAGAUGAGCCUCUCCAUGAAUGCAUGUCAUCUGUCCAUAACUGUGACAACCACACCGAGUUCAGCUGUAAGACAAACUACCGCUGCAUCCCACAGUGGGCAGUGUGCAAUGGUGUUGAUGACUGCAGGGACAACAGUGAUGAACAAGGCUGUGAGGACAUCACAUGCGAUCCCUUGGGAGAUUUCCGCUGCAGGAAUCACCACUGCAUCCCUCUACGCUGGAGGUGUGAUGGGCACAAUGACUGUGGGGAUAACUCGGAUGAGGAAAGCUGCGCCCCCCGUGAGUGCACGGAGAGUGAGUUUCGUUGUGCCAGUCAGCAGUGCAUUCCGUCUCAAUGGAUCUGUGACCAAGACAAUGACUGUGGAGACAACUCAGACGAGCGGGACUGUGAUGUGAGGACCUGCCAUCCUGACUAUUUUCAGUGUACCAGCGGACACUGUGUGCUAAACCACCUGAAAUGUGAUGGAAGAGCUGAUUGCUUGGAUGCCUCUGAUGAAGCCACUUGUCCCACACGCUUUCCCAAUGGUACAUACUGUCCAGCUACUAUGUUUGAAUGUAAAAACCAUGUUUGCAUCCAAUCAUUUUGGAAAUGUGAUGGCGAUAAUGACUGUGGUGAUGGCUCUGAUGAAGAACUUCACUUAUGCUUGGGUGUGCCCUGUGAUCCACCAAACCGUUUCCGGUGUGACAACAGCCGUUGCAUUUACAGUCACCAGCGGUGCAAUGGUAUAGAUGACUGUGGAGAUGGGACUGAUGAAAAAGAGGAGAACUGUAGACCACCAACCCCUAGACCCUGCACACAAGAUGAAUUUAAGUGUAGCAAUGAACGGUGCAUUUCACAGCACUAUGUGUGUGAUGAUGUUGAUGACUGUGGUGACCGCUCAGAUGAAAUGGGCUGCAAUCUAGGGCAAAAUAGGACAUGUGCUGAAAAUCUGUGUGAACACAACUGUACUGAACUAAGUGGAGGAGGAUUUAUCUGCUCUUGCAAACCUGGCUACAGAGCUGGCGUUUUGGACAGAAACUUCUGCCUUGACAUCAAUGAGUGUGAGCAGUUUGGAGUCUGUCCCCAGAAAUGCCAGAAUACCAAAGGAAGCUACGAGUGUUUCUGUGCUGACGGCUUUAAGUCUAUGAGUGUCCGCUAUGGAGAACGGUGUGCAGCUGACGGUGACCCUCCUUUAUUGCUCCUGCCUGAAAAUGUUCGAAUUCGAAAGUAUAAUGUCUCCUCUGAGAAGUUCUCGGACUAUCUUGAAGAUGAGGAACGCAUCCAAGCUGUUGACUAUGAUUGGGAUCCUGAGGGCAUAGGCCUCAGUGUUGUGUAUUACACUGUGCUAGCACAGGGCUCUGAGUUUGGUGCUAUCAAACGGGCCUACAUACCCAACUUUGAAUCCGGCAGCAAUAAUCUCAUACAUGAAGAAGACCUGGGCCUGAAAUACAUAAUGCAGCCAGAUGGAUUAGCAGUGGACUGGGUUGGAAGGCACAUUUACUGGUCAGAUGCCAAAAAUCAACGGAUCGAGGUGGCUAGACUGGAUGGGAGGUACCGAAAGUGGCUAAUUACCACGCAGCUGGAUCAACCCGCAACAAUUGUUGUGAAUCCAAAACUAGGGCUCAUGUACUGGACUGACUGGGGGAAAGAACCUAAAAUUGAGUCGGCCUGGAUGAAUGGAGAGCAUCGCAGUGUCCUGGUGUCUCAGGACCUUGGGUGGCCAACUGGCCUUUCCAUUGAUUAUUGGAACAAUGAUCAGAUCUACUGGAGUGACAUGAAGGAGGAUAUUAUUGAAACCAUAAAAUAUGAUGGGAGUGACAGGAGAAUCAUUUCACAAGGAGUGGUAAAACCUUACAGUCUGGAUAUCUUUGAAGAUCAGUUGUACUGGGUAGCUAAGGAGAAUGGAGAAGUGUGGAAACAAGACAAAUUUGGGAAGGGAGAGAAAGAGAAAAUGCUGGUCGUGAACCCUUGGCUCACACAAGUUCGAGUCUUUCAUCAACUCAGAUACAACAAAUCAGUGCUCAACCCUUGCAAACAAGUGUGUAGCCAUCUCUGCCUUCUGAGACCUGGAGGAUACAGCUGUGCCUGUCCCCAAGGCUCCAACUUUUUAGAGGGGAGCACCACUGAAUGUGACGCAGCCAUUGAACUUCCCAUCACCAUGCCUCCCCCAUGCAGGUGCAUGUAUGGAGGAACUUGCUAUUUUGAUGAGAAUGAUCUGCCUAAAUGCAAAUGUGCCAGUGGCUACACGGGACAAUAUUGUGAAAUAGGAUUUUCAAAAGGCGUCCCUCCAGGAACAACAGCAAUGGCUGUGCUGUUGACAAUUCUCUUGAUCGCCAUAGUUGGAGCGCUGGCAACUGUAGCAUUUUUCCACUAUAGGAAAACUGGCUCUCUUUUGCCAUCUCUGCCCAAGCUACCAAGCUUAAGCAGUCUUGUCAAGCCUUCUGAAAAUGGAAAUGGGGUGACCUUCAGAUCAGGGGUAGAUGACAACAUGGAAAUUGGAGUAUCUGGUUUUGGUCCUGAAUCUGUUAUCGACACAGCUAUGUCAUUGAGUGACCACUUUGCCCUGGAGCUGGGGAAGCAGCCUGUGAUAUUUGAAAACCCCAUGUAUGCGACCAGAGACAGUGCUAUGAAGGCGGCUCUGCCUCCCGAGGUGGUGGUAACUGGAAAUGUGGAUAACAAGAAUUAUGGAGUUGCCAUGGACCCUCUUGAGCCAGUUCCAGAGACAGCGGCAGUCUCUCCGGGUGCUGAUGGGUUUCAGAUACCAAAAUGGAAUAUCUUCAAACGAAAGCCAAAACAGACAACCAACUUUGAAAAUCCAAUCUAUGCAGAGAUGGACAAUGGGCAGAAGGAAGGAGAUGCUGUGGCCCCACCUCCCUCGCCAUCUUUCCCUGAGAAAAUUUCUCCCAAAAGAGGCGCAACAGCAGCCUAUAGUGCCACAGAAGACACUUUUAAAGAUACUGCAAACCUUGUGAAAGCUGUGAAAGACGACUCUGAGGUAUAGCUAUACUAGCUAUCUAAGGGAUUACUAGAAACACCUUUUUGCACAUGUAUUUUUUACAAGCAGAUGAAAAGAGUUCACAUUCAGUACUUUAUAAAAAUAUAUUUUUUCUCUGUUUGCCUACCGUUGGAAGUGUCUUGUGUGUGUUUUUUUUAACUUACGCCAUUUUCUAUUUUUACAAAUAAUUCCCACAAUAUGUACUAUAUGUAUAUCUUUGCACUGAAGCUUUCUGAAGGUAAUGCUAUAAAUAUAUUGUACAUUUGUAAAUUUUGGAAAGAUUAUCACAUCAUUGAAUUUGCUAAUAAAAGUAUCUGUUGAAAUGGUUGGUGAUUGUUCCGGUAAAUGAUCCAUUGAGGAAGGGAAAUGACUUGGGGAACUUUAGCUAUGCCUGACUAAGAGACAUCAUUUACACUUCCUUUCAAAUUAUCCAGGAAGGAACUCAGAUCUCACUCUUGGGUCCAUUUUUACACACCAGCACUUAAUGUUCCAUUUCGCAUGUCAACUUGGUUAACAGAUGUAUUGAUGGAGCCCAUUACGUGUUGUUGACAUUUGAACUGGAUGAUGGAUGACCCAGAUAGCACAGAAGGCAGGAAAAGUGAUUCAACCUCACCCUCUGUGUGCUCUUGUUGUCUAACCAGAGCAUGCUGCUAAGUGCCUUCUCUCUAGCUAUUGAGUCAACAUUUGUAUUUGUAGUGUCUAUGGAGAAAUGCCAUGUCGUGAAAUACAAGUGUGUCCGUUAGCAAGUUUGUGUUUCAUUGAACGAGUCCUUUCCCUUGAUGGGCCAUGCAGCAACUUAUGACCUUGCCUGACAUCUCAGGUGGUCACUUGCUCCAGGACGUGGAAUUUGGGAGCUGAAUUACUAGAACCAAAUUUUUGUCUUGGUAAAGGCACAAAACAUAUACCAGUGAAAUAAAGCCUCAACUGGGUUUUUAUUUUCUGUGUGAGAAAAUACGAUUAUAAUGACUAUUUAUUUACUAAGUUGAACAUGAACAGAAAGGGAAUCCAUUCUUAAUGGGCCUUUUUAGGUCCUUUGCCUAAUCUGUAUAUUUGUAUCAUGAUGUACUGUAUUGCCGUGCUCUUCUCUUGAAUAGUUGUUCUAGUUUCCACAACAGGAUCCAUAGCAGGAAAUUCAACUUUCAUAGCACACAGCUUUCCUGGCUUUCUGUGCUCAUCUUGCACAUUUAUUAAACAAUGAAUGAAUGGAUGGAUGAAUGAAAUGUACUACUGAUUAUUUUUUUGCUGAGUUCUCAACAUAUUUUUGCUGCUCAUAUUUUGAGUCCUGAUUGUAAUUACUUUGAAAUGUGUUUUGCUAAGAAAAACAACUGGAAAUGAUGCUGCUGGAAAUUUUCUAAUAAAUGUAUAUUUUAU